UUAAGCAGAUGCCUUCUAUGGCCACUCCGGAUGUAGAGAAGCAGCAGGUCCAUGGCGGUAAGCGCGCCGGUCAUGAUGAUCAAGGCAACGAUUCGAAACUCUACGAGUUCAAGGAGCAGAUCCUGCUUCUUUCAACUCUGGUGGCGACGGUGACGUACGUCGCCGGCCUGAACCUGCCGGGUGGGUCCUGGGAGCAGGACAAUCCGGAAGGGCGCAUGGCCGGCGAUCCGAUCCUAAGGGAUACCCACUACCGUCGGUACCUUUCUUUCUACUACUGCAACGCCGCCGCGCUCGCCGCAUCGCUCGUGGUCUCCCUCAUCGUCAUCGUCCUGCCGAAGAAGAAGCAUUAUUGGACAGUGGCGCUGCGGAUGGUGAUGAUGCUCGACCUACUCGGCCUCAUGGGAGCCUACGGUGCUGGGAGCUGCCGGGAUACAUUCACAACCAUCUAUGCGGUGGUAAUCUUCUCUUCUUUGGUGUUGAUCAUCAUAUUUGUUUCCCUCUACGUCUGGCGCACGACCAAUGUCAGUUCUACCACCAAUGGAGAUGACGUGGUCCGUCGCUCUAACCCCACCCCCAAUGGGGAUGGUAGGGCCCCUCACUCUAACAUCACAAGAACUGGAGAUGGUGGGGUCCCUGACUCCAAUGAAGAUGGUGUGGUCCCUGACCCUAACCUUACGGCCAAUGGGGAUGGCGGGGUACCUCACUCCAACACCAGAAAUGGGGAUGGUGGGGUCCUUGACUCCACUGGUGAUGAUGACAAGGUCCACUCCAACUCCACUUCCAAAGCCAUGAUGCGGUUCAUGUUGUUGCUCAAAAUAAAGCGAGCCAAGACCAAGAUGCAUGCGUGGAUUGUACUCACAUACCCUGCCAGCAAGCGGGCUGAGAAGGAGCAGAUCGAUGUGUUGAUGUUACUCGCAACCUUCGCAGUCACCAUCACAUAUGUCGCCGGGCUGAGCCCGCCUGGUGGGUUCUGGACCAGCACCCAGGACGGACACCGUUUGAGCGACCCGGUGUUACAAGCCCGUGGCCGGUACCGUUCCUUCUUCGUUUGCAACACCACUUCAUUCGCCGUGUCCCUGCUCAUCAUUGUGCUGCUCUUGGAGAGGAAGCUGCUCAAGGAGAAGCUGAGCAAGAACUUCAUAUUCAUGGUAGGAUUGACUGCGCCCUACGUGUUGAUCGCCAUUGCUCUCUUGGGGCUUAUGGGGGCCUAUGCUGCUGGGGGCUGCAGGGAGUCUGACAAUACCGCUCUUGUCCUUGCGGUCCCUGCCGGCGUAUGCCUACUGCUGGGGUUUGUUACUUACUACGACAAAGGUUGGAAACUACUCACGGACAAGCUUCAUGAUGUUUCAACGCGUUUCAGGAAGCUGGUCGGCAUUCCUUCAGGCACCUGCCGAGGCACAGAUGAACUACACCAACAGAACACCCGCUAUCUUGUUAUGCUCCUUGCUACACUUGUGGUGACCAUCACAUACCAAGCAGGACUAGAUCCACCUGGUGGCCUUUGGCUAGAUAACCGGGAUGGGCAUGAGAUCAGCCACCCAGUGCUCCAAAUGACACAUCCUACUCGGUAUAGAGUGUUCUUCUAUAGCAACUCGGCAGCUUUUGUCACAUCCUUGGUCGUUAUCAUGAUGCUCCAGAGCAAAUUUCUGCUCAACCGGCACACGCUGGAAGCAACCCUGGUGCUGGACUUAUUUGGCCUUGUUACUGCCUAUGGUGCCGGGUGCACUAGGGAUGUAAACACAUCAAUCUACAUCGUCGCCUUGGCGGGACUUGUCCUCGUCUAUGUGAUCGUACAUAUCACCAUAAGAGACCAUGCCCCAGAACCUGCGGGUGAUCAUGCAGUAAAGGAUCUGGAUGACAAGCGUAAGGUGUUGCUGCUGGUUGCUAUCUUGGCCGCUACCCUCACCUACCAAGCUGGCCUCACCCCACCCGGUGGCUUCUGGUUAGCAGAUGACCGAGAGCUUGGUCGCCGCGCGGGUUUCCCAAUCCUCCAUGACAAUUACCCUCGUCGUUAUAAUGCAUUCUUCUACUGCAAUGCGACAAGCUUCAUGGCGUCUAUAACCCUCAUUCUUCUCCUUGUCAAUCCGAAGCUAUACAGGCCAGGUAUACGUUGUUAUGCGCUCUAUGUAUGCAUGUUGGUGGGUAUGUUUGGCCUCAUGGGUGCCUACGCUGCUGGAAGCGCACGACAACUGAAGACCUCCAUCUAUGUAUUAACUUUGGUGGGCAUGGUCUUAGCCUUCAUAGCUUUUCUGGUAGGCAUUUUCUGGUUCAUCAUCAAAUCAAAAGCUGGCAAAGAUAGGCGAGAUCAAGCAGUUCAUAGCAAUAGUGGCAGCAAAGUGUUCAGCAACACUAGUACCCGCACCAUCAUCAGCACUAACGCCGCUGCCGCUACCACCACCACCACCACCAUCACCAUCACCACCACUACCACCACUAGGAGCAGCAACAACCAUAGCAACAUCAUCACCACUACCAGUAGCAACAUCAACAGCAGCAACAAUAAAGAGAAAGAGAAAGAAACCGUCGAAUACCUUAUGUUGCUAGGAAUCCUGGGUGCAAGUAUGACAUAUCAGAUUGGCCUAAAACCACCGGGGGGCCUGUGGCAAGACAACAACAUUGAACACCUUGCUGGCUACCCCGUCCUCCACGACAUCAACAAGCAUCGGUACGAUGUUUUCUUCUACAGCAACUCCACUUCCUUCAUGGCCUCGGUCGUCGUUAUUGUCCUGCUUCUUCCAUGGACGACGUUCCAGGAACGCAAACCGCCACUCUGGCUAAUGCAUAUAGCCGUUUUGCUGGACAUGGUUGGUCUCCUAGUCGCCUACGCAGCAGGCAGUACUAGGAAAUGGGGAGCAUCCAGAAACGUCAUAUUCCUUGUCAUCCCUGUGUUGGCCUACAUUGCACUCUAUGCAACAGCCUUAGUAUUCUUCCCCAGGGGAAAUGGAAGUUGCUGGAAACGCUUGGCUUCCUGGUGGUUUAGGAAACCAGCAAUACUAGCAAGAUGGAAGGGUGCAAAUAUGUCCUCAUCAUCCGAAUGUUGCCCAGCAGAGUCUUCUUCCGUGGGAAUUACCGAAGUGGCAAUAUCAGCCCCGGUAUAAUGAUAGCCACACACCACAUACAUGAUGUCAUGUGAUUCUUUGUAUAACUUUGACUUUUUUGGGGGAAUCAACAAAAAGAAACAAGUGGGAGGAACUUCAUGUAAAUCUGCAGCCGAGUUCAUGAAGAAUUGGAUCCAUUAUCCAAGUGAACUUGGCUCGACCACGAGCACAUCGUGUGUAUGCCAGUUACUAAGUUGGUUAUACAUACGUAUUCCAUAUUUUA